AUGGUGAAAAUGGGGAAUGUGAUGUCGAACUUGGUUGGGGACUCGAUGGAUGUGUCUGAUGGUAGAUUUGGUACGGAGAUGAAACCGUUUAGUCUGCAUCGUACCAUCCAUGAAGCAGCUUGUAUGACUAAAUGUUUGUCUCUAUACAACGGGUUCAGGUUCUUGGUUGACGCGGAGAAGUCUUUGCCGGAUAAUGUAGUAGGAGACGAGAGAAGGGUCUUUCAAGUGAUACUUCAUAUGGUUGGUAGUUUAGUAAAGCCUAGAAAACAUCAAGAAAGUUCUUUAUUGAUGUUUAAGGUUUUGAAAGAAAGAGGAAGCUUGGACAGGGGUGAUCAAAGAUGGGCUGCGUGGAGAUCACCGACCUUUUCAGCAGAUGGAGAUGUGAAUAUAAGAUUUGAAAUAAAUGUAGAGGUUGAUGAUUUGAGUUCUCAAUCUUUUGUUUCUGUUUCAUCAAGAGAUCAAGAUGUUGGUGAUAUGAGAUUCUCCGGUGGCUAUGGGUUAGGACAAGAUCUAAGCUUUGGUGUUUGUAAGAAAGUGGUGCAGACAAUUAGGAAGACCUUCAUAAAAGUCAAGGUCAUUAUGGAAUGCCUUCCUAAAAUUCAAGAAUGUUUUCCUAAAAGCUAUUAA